AGCCAGGGUCUGGCAGAACAACAGUUCCUAAGUGCUGCCAUGUUAACUCACAGAUGUCAACUCACAGAGCGCUCAAGGCGCCUGCCAUGGGACAAGACACAUCCAGAGUGACUUCUCUGGUUCUGCCUUGUCCCGGCUUCUCGAGGCUCUUAGUAGAGGAAAUAGGGGGGCUCAUUGGGAUGAGGUAGUGCACAGUACUGGGGUAGCCCCACCCAGGCCCUGAACUGACUCACCUGCUCCUAUUGGCUGGGUAAGGGCUUGGUGCCCUGGAGCCUGGCAAGCUGUCACAGGCAUGUAUAAAAGCAUGCUAAUCCAGCCUGUGGCACCGUAUCUGUCACUGUCUGCGGCUGGACGAUGCUGGGAGGCCUGGGGAAGCUGGCGGCUGAGGGCUUGGCCCACCGCACUGAGAAAGCCACUGAGGGAGCAGUUCAUGCAGUGGAGGAGGUGGUGAAGGAGGUGGUGGACCAUGCCAAGGAGGCUGGAGAGAAGGUCCUUACCGAUGCCCUGAAGAAAGCCCAAGAAUCAGGGGACAGAGUGGUGAAGGAGGUCACUGAGAAGGUGACCCACACUGUUACGGAUGCUGUUACCCACGCUGUAGAAGGCCUGGGUAAUCUGGGACAGUGAGACCGACCGCUUGCCACCAUGCCCGGCCCUUCCUGAAUGUCAAUAAAAAGCUUGAAAUGUGAA